GAACAGGUCUGUUAAAGGGUUAAAUCUGGACUGCAGGGACAGGACGAUGUUCAUGUCUGUGAAACUCGAGGCCAAACCGCUUUAAGAAAUUAAAGUUCAGUUUCUUAAGGAAUGUUACAAAAGCUCCGGUGUACGUGUACAUCAUUGGAUUAAAAGUGGUUUCAUCCAGCAUUUAAACGGGGUUGGUCUCCUAAACACAAAGAAGAGCAUUUUUCUGGAGCGGGUCAGUGCUCCAAAAAAGACAGGAAAAAAUGAGAUAAGGUUUUUAGGCAUUUCGACAGGCACAGGAAUACAAACAACGUGUCCGGAGGAGAUUCGAGUCCACGGGAAGGUUUGGAAGCAUGUCCUACAGCGACCAGACUCCACCCAGCCCCAGCAGGACCAGUGGCAGUAGCUCUGGGGCGCAGUAUGCUACUGCCGCGCUGGGCGUGGGCCUAAUUGCUCUGGGGAUAGUCAUGAUUGUGUGGAGCGUGGUGCCGGCAGGGUCCGGAGGGAACAGCUCCACACCCGGCAUGGAUCAAGGUCAAGCUCGAGAGACCUCAUCCGUGGCGUUCGUCCUAGUAGGGGGAGGAGUGGCGCUUCUGCUGCUGUCUGUGUGUCUGAGCGUACGGAACAAACAGCGGGCGGCUCGGGGACAGGAAGCUGCCAGUACACCUGCAAACACAGGGGAGGGGGCUACGAUAGAGCAACUAGCUCAAAACUACAUGGUCCCCACUUACGAGGAGGUGGUAAUGAGUGGCCAAUAUCCCAUCAGUCAGUCCUCUGAGCGACACAACAGCAUCACCCAGCUGCCAGCCUAUGACGAGCUAGAGGAAGAUCAGCACACUGCCGAGGAUGGAUUCAGCCCAGCACGCAGACCUUCAUCCCAAAUCGACCCCAGCACUGGAGCGGGCGGCCAAAGAAACGGCCGUCCCGGGCGCAAGCUGAUUCCCCUUAAAAUUAGGCGCAUAAAAUCUGACAACCUUAGAAGGAAAAGCUUAAGCGAUAUUCAGCAGACUAACGUGUUCACCAUCGAACCCCUCACACCACCUCCACAGUAUGACGAUAAGCUCCCUCCACUUCCUACAAACACACAACAGUGAGGCGUGCUGGAGGUUUACACUAACACUAUGCAGUCUGCCUACCUCCUUUACGAAUCAUUACUGCACUGGACUCCAUAUUACUCCUCUGGACAGGACGUGUCACUAUCAGCAGCACAGAGGAGGCAGUAGUGUGUAAAGGUGGAGAGCCUUAAUUAUGUCUUCCUGUGUUGGCUGUAUAUUUCCUGUUUAGCCAAAAAAAAAAAAAACUAAUAAAAAAAGUUGCAGCUGAUUGGAUUAAAACUGAACUGGAAUUUUGAAAGAUGUUUACUGAACAACUGUUGGUCUUGAUCUAGGCUGGUCUUGUCAGGCUUGAAAUUCAGCAUUCAAGCUGUCCAGACCUUUAUUUCAUAGGACGUCCACAAGAAUUUCCGAAGAAAUGUGAAACUGUGUAAGCUGCGAGCCACAUCAGCACUGUUGCGUUUUUUGCACUGAUUUGUGUGUGUCGGGUGUGAGUGCAUGUGGUGUUUUGUUUUUGUUUUUGUAAAUUUUCCAUGAACUUUGCUUUAGUUCUUGUGUUUGUGUGUAAGUAUGCUUGUUCUUAGUGACCUUGUUGCCGGAGUGACAAACCGUGAGGUCAUCAGUAUGUGUCUCUCCUCAUGGUUUACGACACAGAGAGGUUCUUUGACCCUGCAGCUGCCUUAUACCACUCUCUCACCAACACACACCACCAGACACAGAGAAUUUCUUGUCUCCCUUUUUCACUAACUUGAUUACACAAACACUCAGUCUUUGCAUCCCUUUAUUUUUAACUUUUAAUGUUGAUUAGUGUGAAGACAACUGUGUUUCUCAUAGGGCAGCUGUGGCAUCUCCAUGCUGUGAGGUUCAAGCUCCCAGUCAUCUGUCUGCACUUGUGUUACUGCUCUAAACACUCCAGGAUUUUCACAUUAAGACACACCUGUAGCUGGUUAUUACUGAAAUCAGUGUUUCUUCUUCUGGAAUUUUUACUGAUGCCACUGCAGUUUAAGAUAGACAUGGAUGGAAAAAUGUUGCUGAAUCUCAUGUGCUAUUUAAUGAUAUGUUGUAUGUUUCUUCUGUUUAUUUUUUUUCUUCUAUUUUUGUUAUAUUCUGAUUGUAAGCUAGUAUGGCAUGAGAAAUAAAAACAUUUUGAC